AUCAUGAAAAAGACUUUUAUAAUAAAUUUUCCAGGUUCAUGAACCUCGUCUACUCUAGCAUCCACUAUGUAAACCUCUUCACCAUCGUUCCGCAUAGAAAAAGAUUUUAGAUGUUUUGACAAUUCAAUCCAAAACAUUAAAAAAAAAAAAAAAGAUUAUUUUCUCUGUAAUAAUGUAUGGACAGGGCGAGAUUAUGGCGGCAACAGAAACCGAGUACGCUGUGUUGGAGUCGAUACGACGUCACUUGCUAGGAGGAGAGACGGAGUUACAAUUCAGUGAGUCAAUACCGAGUUCUUGCUUCACUGAGAGUUGGGGAGACUUGCCGUUAAAAGAGAAUGAUUCUGAGGAUAUGUUAGUGUACGGUGUCCUCAACGACGCCUUCAACCGAGCAGCCUGUGAAACGUCAUCUCCGUCAUCGGACUUGAGCUGUCUCAGCGAUUUUUUAGAUAAGCCCCCGGCUAAUCCGUCUCAUAACGAUUUUCCGGCGGUUAAAACGGAGCCGGCGGAGAAUCUCGCAGCGGUGGCGGAGAAGCCGAAGGAGGUGGCGCCGCCGGCGAAGGGGAAGCAUUACAGAGGAGUGAGACAGAGGCCGUGGGGGAAAUUCGCGGCGGAGAUUCGAGAUCCGGCGAAGUUCGGAGCGAGGGUUUGGUUAGGGACGUUUGAGAAGGCGGAAGAUGCAGCUUUGGCUUACGACAGAGCUGCUUUUAGGAUGCGUGGUUCCCGCGCCUUGCUGAACUUUCCGUGGAGAGUGAAUUCAGGUGAACCCGACCCGGUUCGGAUCCCGUCAAAGAGAUCUUAUACUUCUUCUUCAUCGUCUGAUAACGGGACGCCGAAACGGAGGAGAAAUACAGAGGAGGUGCCGUCGGAGUUGCAGGUGAAGUGCGAAGUUGCAUAAGAGACAUGUGUUGUUUGGUUACCAGAGCUACUUCACGUGUGUUCUUUUCUUUUUUGGUCAACAGCUUCAUGUGUGUUUUCCAAUAGAAAGUUUUGUGGCGGCAGACAGUCGAGUGUUCUGUGUAAAUUAAUAUACUACUGUUUUGAUAACGUACGAUGCUU